CGUCAAAGGACCCUCACCAUCCGUCCUCAAACAUUCUCAUUCUCCCGUUUGUCUCGACAAACCAAAUCGAAACAGCACUGCCUUGGCCUGGUGCCAAUGCCUUGCGACAGACCGACUGGAAAAUUGCCGCAAACCUGCUCGUUGCUGCGCUUGUCCUAGGCCAGGUUACAUAAUCUCGGGGAUCGAAAGGAAUCCUAUCGACGAUCGGGCUACCGCAGAAGCAAUCAGCAUUUCUUCUGCUCACUCUUUUCGUUGCUCAACACCAGACGUCAGCGGCUUUUACGCUGCAUCUGUCCAAAGACCUUGACUCCCAAAGCAUUUCUUUUGUGGCCAACUUUACUCUCGACUUUUCGAGUCCCUCGAUUGAUUCGCGUCUCUUUGCUGUCCACCAACCUCCAGCCAACAAAGUCCCGACCACCGAGAGGCCAACCAGUAUGCACGCCACGGCCAUCACGCCCUGUUGACCGCCUGUACAAAACAACAACCAAACCCGCCACCUUGAAUUUUUCCCUUCUUCUCUUCUGUAUUAGAUUACCAUAAUGGCUUCACCAAUACCUCCAGAUCCUUAUCAGACUUUGGGCGUGAGCAAAGAUGCUGAGCUUUCAGCAAUUCGCAGCGCUCACCGAAAACUUGCCCUCAAACAUCACCCAGAUCGAAUAAAGGACGAGUCACUGCGGGAAAAGGGUAAAGAUGAGUUCCAAAAGAUUCAACAAGCCUACGAAAUCCUGAACGAUCCUGUUCGAAGACAACGGUACGAUGACAAGGUCCGAUUGGCAGAGCUCCGAAAAGAAGCUAUGAUGAGAGAACCACCCCCAUCUACUACAAGAGCAUAUCCGAUGAGACCUGCUCAGCAACCGGCACCUGCGUCUACGAGAGAGUAUCGAGAAGACGGCAAUUUCUACGAAGAAGUUCGCCAACCUAGAAAUGCUUCGGCCUACGACUAUCGAGAUCCCUACGAUGAACCUGCGCCACGCCCGACUGGCCGGAAAUACAGUGACUAUGAGAAACGCACUCCACCACCUCCUAGACCAGCUGAGAAGGCGAAGAAGUCUGCGACAGUGGGCGCCGGCAUGAUGGCCACGGCCUUCGCCGCCAAGUGGAGGGCUCAAACAGAGAAGUCCAGAAAUAGCAGAGCGGAUGAGCGGAGAACAGAUAAGGAGAAAAAACGAGACAGAAGCGACAAGAUGCAUACCAGGAAGACUGCAUACGUCGAAGACACUGACAGCGAGUAUGAAGUGGAAGAAAUCAGGCCGUCGUUGAAGGCCACUUCCCGUUCCAAAACUACGUCUCACUUCGAACCUACGGCCGAGACUGCACGAAAAGCUUCGGCAAGAACUGCGAGAGCUCGUGAUUACGAUGAUGACAGCUAUGAUGAAAAGUGGGAGAGACAUCACGAAGAGAGCAAGAUCUACAUGGCCAAAGCCACGAAUCGUCCCAGUCUUGACCGCACCGGCUCAGAUGCCUACCAGUAUUGGCGUUCAAAUGGCGGCAGGCGCAGUGGGAGUGAUAAUGAGAGGAGGCCUGAUUCGUCCAAGGGACGCAGAACUGACGACUACUUCUCCCCGUCAUUCACCAAGUCGACGUCGUCUCCCAGCGAGCUUCGUGCUCGUGUCGAAGAGCGGGCACCUAGAUCUACUGUCGGCACGACACGCGACCGAGACCGUGACAGGGACAGAGAGAGAGAUAGGGAUCGUGAAAGAGAGCGGGAACGGGACAGAGAUCGUGAUCAUCGAAAGAUGAUGCCACCAAGUCUACACCGUUCUCAAACGGCACCUGUGCCCAAGGGUACUUCUAAGAAAGAAGCGGUACCCGCCAAAGGUUCCAACCUCAAGCAUAGCGAGACUCAGUUGCAUGAUUCGGGCUAUGGGAGCAGCUCCAGCCCACACACUCCUGACAUGAGGGAGGAAAGCCCAUCCAGGUCGGCCAAGACUCGCACCAAGUACCGUGUCGAGCCGGAGGUCGAUGGGGAAGAAGCGAUGCGAAGCCAUCGUGUCAACAAGAUCUACGACGAUCAUGAUGAUCCACGAUUUGACAGACGAUACCACCGGAGUCCAGAGUCCGUCAUCAGAGAACCGUUGCCUCGUGAAUCUGAUCGUCGCAAGGAGAAGCCCGAACAUCCCAAGGUCGACACCAAUUCUCGCUCAAAGUCGUCCCGUGGCGCUUCAUUGAUGUCAGGAAUUGUGCCCAAUCCUGUUCGAAGAAGCGGCUCAGGACGGUAUGAUGACUUGCCCUCACCUCGCUCCCCACGGGACACGCCCCAUGUGUCACGGCACAAUAGCGGACGAGACAAAUUGUUUCCGGAGCUGUCGCCGGAUGAACGAGAACCUCCUCGAGAGCCGCCUCGCCAGAGUCGACCGUACUCGUCCGACAAGAUCAACGUUGCCUCUAGACGGGAACCGGUUUAUGCUAACUAUCGGGAACCGACCGACUACCGCGAGAACGAAUAUAGCCCACGUUUUCGGGAGUCACCGCGAACCACAAGACGGCCCUCGGUGAGUGUGGGAGGAUAUUGAUGACAUUUUCGAUUGGGUUUGGUGCUUGGGUCCUGGCUGUUUGAUAACAAUCCCCUCACUCUUUUCAUCACUCAGAUUGUUUGCUGCCGCCGGCUUCAAGUACAUACGUUGGACGGCCAUUCACCGUCCAUUUCGACUCUGUUUUACCAGUCUGAGGUCCGACGAUGACGGGCUUCAGGAUAUGCAUUCAAUGGCGAGUAGGGAGGUCUGAAUCAGGGACGGAUGUUGUUUGCGGGAUUGGGGAUGGGAUAACUAAUAUUUAUGCAUCUGAGGUCGAAAGGAAAUCCAAAGCCCAGGUCGACAGGACAUUUCGAACCGACGCAAGAGUGUAUGGCUUCUCAUGAUCAGCGAUCAGGAUGAACUGUCUCAUUUAGUCGAGACACAGCAUUGUACAGCCCAUAUACCAUUCCUAUCUGGAAUUGACGACUAACGAAAUGCAAUCAAAUAAAGCCAGAACCAGAAUAUGGUCAAUCCAUGCACGCUGUCGAGCUUACUGAUCGGCGCACGUCAAAAUCACAUCCUUGCCCUCUAAUUCAUUGCUAGACUUCAAAUAUCUAUCCUACGGUCUAGAUUGUCGAUGUACCAGCGUCUGGUGUAUUGCAAUGCUCGAAUCUCUGCCAAGUGGUUUGUUGACAUGGGUUUGGAUUAAGCGAAACGGG